AGUUGUGAGUAAUAUACAAAUAAACAAUGAUGCUACCCUUUAGGAUAACCUUCUUUCUAAUAUUGCUAGGAACCUGUAGUUCAUUAGACACCAUUUCAGUGAAUCAAAACAUCACUGAUAAUGGUCAGACACUUGUUUCGAAUAACGGGAUAUAUGAGAUGGGUUUCUUUAGCCCAGGCAGUACGCCAAAUCGACAUCUAAGUAUAUGGUUUAGAAACACAUCACCUCUUAGGGCUGUAUGGGUUGCUAAUCGUCAAAGUGCAGUUCUUGAUAAGUCGGGUGUUGUCAGAUUAGACAGCCAAGGGAGCCUGUCUCUUUACUAUGGACGUGAAACCAUGUGGUCAUCUAAUUCUUCGAGACUUGGCACAAAUUUCAGUCCCAUAGCGCAACUCUUGGAUACGGGCAAUCUUGUAAUUAGAGAUAUGAAUAAUAACACAGAACCUUUCAUUUGGCAAAGUUUUGAUCACCCUGGAGAUACCUACAUACCAGGAAUGAAGCUAGGCAAGAAUUUCUUGACAGGAAAAGAAACAUAUCUGACAUCAUGGUGGAGCAUAGACGAUCCUUCUCCAGGCGAUUGUUCACUUUCGUAUUCAAUGGAUACGGUUAACUUUACUCAGUUAUAUAUUAAGAAAAGCUCUGUCGUUGAAACUAGGAUUGGGCCAUAUAAUGGCAGAGAGUUUGCUGGCCAGCCUAGUUUAUACAAACUUGAUAUAGUUGUCGACCCGAAUGAGAUGUAUUACAAUUUUACUUCUAAUAGCACCAUUUUUUCAUUAAGGUUGGUAACCGGCUCUGAUUGCAAGUUAUAUACCCACAGCCAAGAAUUGACCCAAGAUCUUACCUUUCCUGUGGAUUCUUGUGACAAUUAUGCAACAUGUGGCCCAUUUGGAAGCUGUAGUGCUGCCAAUAAUCCUAUUUGUGGGUGCUUGAAAGGGUUUGAGCCACAAGACACAUAUAAUAGGACUAGUGGAUGUCGACGGAGUAGAGCCUUAGACUGUGGGUCAGAUGAAGGAUUUCAAAAGUUUUUAGACAUGAAGUUGCCUGACACUCAGAAUGCUGUCUAUAAUAAGAGCAUGACCCUCCAAGAAUGUGAGGUUGCUUGCAAGAAUAAUUGUUCUUGCACUGCCUAUGCAAAUCCAAACAUCACUGCAGGUGGAUUUGGAUGCUUGCGAUGGUUUGGUGAUUUGAUUGACAUCCGAGUGUACCCACAAAACGGACAAGAUCUAUAUGUUAGACUGGCAGCCUCUGAAUUUUCAGAUCAGCAUUCCAGCUCCCAUAGAAAGAAACGAGUAGUUAUUACAGUAGCUGUGUCAAUAUCAGCCGGAUUGACUUUGAUGUUCCUCAUAUUCACACUCUACAUUAGGAGUAGACGGAGGAAAAUAUUAGAUGCGUAUAGGAAAGGUGGGCAUGAAAAGACCCUUGAUAAAGCUUACAAAGGUAACAGAAGCCAAAAGGGAAGUGUGGAGGUUCCGUUUUUCAGCUUAUCUGAUCUUUGUAAGGCUACCAAUGACUUUUCGGAUGACAACAAGCUAGGAGAAGGUGGGUUUGGUCCAGUUUACAAGGGGGUGCUAGAGGAAGGACAACAGAUUGCUGUGAAACGGCUCUCAAAGUCAUCUCGACAAGGACUAGACGAAUUUGAGAAUGAGGUUUUAUGUAUUGCUAAACUUCAGCAUCGGAAUCUUGUGAAGCUUUUGGGAUAUUGCAUUGAAGGCGAUGAGACGAUGUUGAUUUAUGAAUACAUGCCUAACAAUAGCCUGGACAGUUUUAUAUUUGCAGAUGAAUCAAGGAAGUUAUUACUUGAUUGGCCACAACGCUUCCUCAUAAUUCAUGGGAUUGCUCGAGGUCUUCUAUAUCUUCAUCAAGAUUCUCGGCUGACAGUAGUACAUAGGGAUUUAAAAGCAGGAAACAUUUUACUCGAUCACCAAAUGCGUCCAAAGAUAUCAGACUUUGGUUUGGCCAGAAUGUUCAAAGAACAUGAGAAUGAAGCAAAUACAAAGAGAGUGGUGGGAACUUUGGGAUACAUAUCCCCAGAAUAUGCAGUGAAUGGUCUCUUCUCGGUAAAGUCAGAUAUAUUUAGCUUUGGAGUUUUAGUCUUGGAGAUUGUGAGCGGACAGAAAACUAGAGGCUUUGUUCAUGAAAAGCAUGGUGACAACCUUCUUGGACAUGCAUGGAGACUUUUUAAAGAAGGUAAGUCUCUCGAUCUAGUUGACGAAUGCUUAUGCAAGUCCUAUUCUGUUUAUGAAGUGUUGCGAUCAAUACACGUUGCCCUUUUGUGUGUGCAACAACAAGCAAAAGAUAGACCUAGCACAUCAUCUGUGGUUGCCAUGUUGAAUGGUAAAGGGUCACUUCCUUCUCCCAAACAACCCGGUUUCUUUAUACAAGGAAGUGAAAUUGGCUCUAGCUCAUCUGUUCCUUCACUAUCAUCCAUAAAUGGAGUCACAAUGAGCCAAGUAGAUGGUAGAUAAUUAGAAGAGAUUUCAAAUUUCAUGUCAGCUUUAGAUAUAUAUAUUUUUUAACAAUAUUGUAGAUAUAUUCCAUUAGUAUAGAAGGUGAAUACCACAUAUAAGAUACA